UUGUUUGCAUCUCACCAUUUGUCAGAAUACAGCUUUGGUUCCAAAAUUAAAUGUAAAACGUGAUUACACUGAAAACUUAUUAUUUAACCUUUUUGCUUUAAUAUUUGUAAACACAUUUUAUCGGUAUCAAUUUUUGAUCAACACAUAAUAGAAUAUGAAAUUGUGUUUGAUAUAUGUAGCAAAUUUAUGGUUGUGUGUCACAAACAGUAAUGGAAACAUACUAGAAUAUGAGAUAACAGGACACAGACUAGUGAAGAGACAAAGUAUAGCCGAGAUGACUAUUGAUGCGUCUUGCACCCUUGUAUGUGAGCCACCAGAAAGAUACAAUCCCAAGAUUCGCGUCAAAGCUACAUCUGAUUAUGAAGACAAUUGCUUUUAUGAAUGUGAAUUAAUUCCGAUUUUCGACACAUCAAAAACUCAACAAUCACAUGCCACUGCGAUGACAUUUUAUGCAUCUACUCAGAUCACCAAAACGACUAAGCAACCAUCCUCCACAACCAAGCCUCUAAGGACUACAAAUUCAGAGAAACUGACAACUGGAACUAGAAAGAAAGAAGAAAAAAUCACAACAUAUCAGCCCUCUGAACUUCUAGCAACAACAAAAGAUCCAACAACACAAAAUAGUAAAGUUAAAACCAAACCAGGGUCAACUAAAAUGGAGUAUAUUGCUACAUCAGUGAUGACAACUGAAAAAACAGCAACUACAGCAAAACUCACAUCCACUAGCUUGCACACAACAACCAAACCACUCCUAUAUUACUACACCAACAAUAUUAUAACUACCCCUAACUACGAUGAUUACUGAAUAACCAUAUUGUUUUUUCAAACAUUCUGUAUUUUAGAAUAAUGAAUGAUCAACUAAAACUCUUUUUUUAAAUUGUUUUAUUUCCCUAAUGGGAAGUAAAAUUAUUUUAAAAACGAGUUUUGGUUGACCAUUCAUUAUUCGAAUAUAAAGAUAACCCUGUAAUGUGGAGUUAAUAACAUUCUGCAUUUUAUAUUGCAUUGAAGACAUUUACUGUGUAUCUUUUGAUAGACUUAUAUCCAUUUUGAAACAAUAUCAAAUUUUCAACCAUUUAUUACUUGUUUGUAGUUACAUAUUUUGAAUUAGGUAGGACAUGCAGAAUCACAAAAAUAUAGUUUCCAAAAAAAACCAAUUUUAGGGGUUGUUAUAUGCAUUUAUCAAAUUUUCAUGUUUAAAAUGUAUCCGGGCCAGGCAUUUAAAAUAAGUAUUUGUUAAAAUGUGGUAAUAUCUUUCUCCAUUUCCGAGUGGUGGCAUUGUCAUGGUGAUCUUUAUUGCAUUAUGCAUUCAUUUAGGUGGAUUGCCAAAAAUUGUAAUUUAUGUAAGACAUUUUCAUUAAAAAAAAAUAACAUGUUAAAAUCUUA